CGGCCGCCUCCGUCCCCCGCGGCCUCGUCGGUGCCAGCCUUGCAGCUAACUUAUAUCUAUCACAUCUUCCGAGCCAUACUGGGGCUGCUCGCACAUGCUGGCAGAACCGUACAAGUGCCGUUCUGCACACCGCAGUUUCGUUUUGGCCUGUGGCUUUGCGAGAUCUUCAUCAUCCAACAUUCAGUAGCGCUUCAUGCCCUAAUUAUUAAUAGCGGCGGAUGCAAGGCAGCAACAAGCCGAACGCUGGCUCCAGUUGCAGUGAUAAGGCGCCAAGUGUCAACUGGCCACAUCAUGCAAAUGCUAUACAGAGCUCCCGUAGCAAAGACGACUUUCUGAGUUCGAGCUUUUUGUUCUCUUUACCGACACAAAGGGCGAAUCCAGAACCGAAUAUAAUGCUUUCUUUAAGGUCUGCUGCUUGUAAAAUUCAAGGCCCAGAACGCCUUCAAGUUCCAUGGAUCGAGAAGGCCUGGCGUUCUGUGCGCAACACCCAGGUGGCCUGUAAGAGUUAUUUAAGACCUGGUUUAUCUGCAAAAGUGAAAGAUUGUGGCGGGGAUUAUGCUCAUGCUUACGCAAAGGAUUCUUCAUAUAAUGCCAACAAAUUGGACAAUGUGCCAAGGAGUACAGUUUCCUCCCAGGAAAGUAUGCAUCAACGCCCUGAAGGAGGUAUUCUGGAGCAAAAUACCAGUCAUCGGCUGGCAGGCAUCAACUCCCGUACAACGACUUACCAGAGCAAUCAUGUGGUUGGAACAACAUAUCAGUGCAAUUUUACCAGAACUGACGCUAAGUCUUACCAGACCGUUCCUGUUGCGGAUAACAUGUGUGCUGACCCCAUGGAUGAUGAUGAGAUUCUGGCGAGUAUUGACGUGGACCGCAUAGUUAUGGAACAUUAUGAAGCAACAAAUACACCCAGAGGGUCAGCAUCCAGGCAAAUGUCAACUCCAUCAGGAAACAAGUGUAACUCCACAGGUUUAGACGAGAAUAGUUUAGCACAGGAACUGUCUGAAAUUUGUAGCCAUGGUUGCAAGCUAGCUUUUUGCCCAGAGCCAAAUUAUCAUUUGUUGGAGUUGAAGGAUCAGUUGCUUGCAGUAUCCAGUGAACUUAUUGAUGGUUCUGGAGAACUCAGUCCUCAACGUUCUGAAGAGCUUCGUCAGCAGCGAGCACAUCUGAAGAAACAGAUGCAGAUACUUGGGGACUAUAUGGCAAGGCCAACCCAAGAUGAUGAGAGGCAGAGAUCACACUCUAUGGCCUCCACAACAGCUGUAGAGGGGCAUCACCCCCCUAUGACCCCAAGAAGCACUUUUGUAAUGGACAAUGAUAGAUUCCAGUCUCAGCUUAAUUUCGGGAAUGAACCUGGGAACGGUGGUUCAUGCUAUACUCCUGCUCCAUAUACUUACACGGAUAGUUUUGACACACCGUCAGUGCUGAGAGAUUACACCCGUAAAAAUAUAGAUAUUACCUACACUGAUGGUUCUGGUGAUAAGAAGUGGAGCAGCAGAGACUUUUCGUGGACUAAGGAACUUGAGGUCCACAACAAGAAAGUUUUUGGAAAUCGUUCUUUCCGCCCAAAUCAGCGAGAAAUAAUUAAUGCCACAAUGAGUAGGAGAGAUGUUUUUGUUUUGAUGCCAACUGGCGGUGGAAAAAGUUUGACCUAUCAGCUUCCAGCUUUCAUUGAGGAGGGCAUAACACUAGUAGUUUGUCCCCUUGUUUCACUCAUCCAAGACCAGAUCAUGCAUUUACUGCAGGCAAAUAUUCCUGCAACUUAUCUCAGUGCCAACUUGGAGUGGACGGAGCAGCAGAGAAUAUUAAGAGAUCUAUUGUCUACGUGCAACUACAAGCUACUGUAUGUCACGCCAGAAAAAAUAGCUAAGAGUGAUGCUCUAUUGAGACAAUUGGAAAUUUUAUAUUCACGAGGUCAUCUUUCUAGAAUUGUUAUUGAUGAAGCUCAUUGUGUAAGCCAGUGGGGUCAUGAUUUCCGACCUGAUUACCAGAAUCUAGGUCUCUUAAAACAAAAGUUCCCAGAGACCCCAGUCCUGGCCUUAACUGCAACAGCAACUGCUAGUGUGAAGGAAGAUGUUGUGCAAGCUCUAGGCCUCGCGAACUGUAUUGUUUUUAGACAAAGUUUUAAUCGUUCAAAUCUGAGGUAUAUUGUGAUGCCCAAGACAAAGAAAUGCUUUGAGGAUAUAGAUUGCUUUAUCCGCAAAAAUCAUCAUAAAGAAUGUGGCAUCAUAUAUUGUCUUUCAAGAAUGGACUGUGAAAAAGUGGCUGAACAACUGAGGGAAUAUGGGCAUCAAGCAUCACACUAUCAUGGAAGCAUGGAGCCUUUUGAUAGAGCAGAAGUCCAGAGGCUAUGGAGUAAGGAUAAGAUAAACAUAAUAUGUGCUACAGUUGCAUUUGGAAUGGGUAUCAAUAAACCUGAUGUUCGUUUUGUUAUUCAUCAUUCCCUUCCCAAAUCAAUUGAAGGAUAUCAUCAGGAGUGUGGACGUGCUGGUAGAGAUGGACAGCCGUCAUCUUGUGUGCUGUAUUACAACUAUUCUGACUAUAUUCGUGUCAAACACAUGAUUACACAAGGAUCUGCAGAGCAAGUAACAUCAAGACCACCUGGACGCUCUGUGUCUAAACAUGAGCAAGCACUUCAAACGCACAAGGAGAAUCUCUUGUGCAUGGUUAGUUACUGCGAAAAUGAUGUGGAUUGCAGACGUUUCUUACAGCUGAUCCACUUCGGUGAGACGUUUGAUCCAUCACAUUGUGCAAAGACAUGUGAUAAUUGCCUGAAAGGAUUGAGAUGGAUUGAGAAAGACGUGACUGAUAUUGCUAGGCAGUUGGUUGAGCUGGUUUCGUCGAUAAGGCAGGCAUGUUCAAGUUCUCAUAUUCUUGAAGUUUACAGGGGUUCCAUGAACCAAAAUGUCAAGAAGAGCAAUCAUGAUGCUUUGCCUCUUCAUGGAGCUGGGAAGAAUCUAGCUAAAGGUGAGGCCGCAAGAGUACUACGGCAUCUAGUAACUGAGGGAAUACUUACUGAGGAUGUCAAAAAGAGUGAUUAUGGAUCAGUAUCAUCUGUCUUAAAGGUGAAUCAUACAAAAGCUGGUGGUCUUCGCUCUGGCAAUCACAUAAUUGUCCUUAAGUUUCCCACUCCUGAGCAGGCACCUAAGAUGGGGAAACUUGAUGAACCAUCAAUUUCACAAACCAAUAAGACUGUUCAUCAGCAGAGUGAAGUGGAUGAGAAUUUUUCAACAUUGCUCUUUGAAACAUUAAAAAUCCUUAGGACUCAGAUAGCGGAGGAUACUCCAGGAUGUGUUGGAUACCACAUAUUUAAAAAUGAAACGUUGAAGGAAAUAAGCAUCCGAAUACCAAGGACGAAAGAAGAACUUUUGGACAUAAAUGGCAUCGGCAAGGUGAAGCUCAACAAGUAUGGGGAUCGCGUGCUUGCAACCAUAGAUGAGCUUCUCAACCAAUUUUCAAGCGGAGGCAAGAGAAACAGCAGCAGCGGCGGCAGUAACGAGCAAAAUGAGGCCGCGAAGAAGCGAAGGGGCCUCACCGCCAUCAAUGUGUCUGAUAAUGGUGAUGACUUUGAAGAACGCUCGGUUCAGUCCAAGAAACGCACGACAAAGACACGAAACGCCAAGCAGGUAAUAUCUGAUGCUGCAAGCAUGGUCCAAGAUGGCCGGCAUAUUAUAGAUCUUGAGUUGGACGGAUACGAGGAAGAGGAAUUGUGCAGCAGCGUCCAACAGCCUGUGGCAUAUGGUAGGGUUUUGCCUAAGUGGGCAGCCGCCGGAAACACCCCCGCAACUAAUAUAUUUGAUGGAUAUAAGUACACCAAGUAGGGUUGUAGGCGUCUAAGCCUGUAUAGAUCUCGUGUUAGGUUGGUUGCUGCUCAUGUUGACAUUUCCAUGGUAGUUCUGGUAGGCUGUAGUACAUGUAACAUUAUACUGGUGUAGGCGGCUUCUGCUAGAAAAUCUGAACUCGGUGGACAUGGAAAUAUAUGCACCACGCUGCAGUAAUAUAACAGUGUGUUAGUUGAACUU